CUCUCUCUCCCCCUCUCUCUCCUCUCCUCUCUCUCACACACACGCACAAAACCCUCUGUCAUGGCGUCUUCCAACAAUGUUACUCCCACCAACUGUAGCUGGUGGCCCAUUUCAGCCAUGGAGGAAGAUGGCAAAAUCCCAGACGGAGAGGAGAGUCACGAGCCCACGAUACACGAACACAAGCCAUACUCCAAAGACAGGCUCGUGCUGUACCACUGGACUCAGUCCUUCAGCUCGCAGAAGGUGCGUCUGGUGAUCAACGAGAAAGGGCUUUUGUGUGAAGAGCGGGACGUCAGUCUGCCUCUCACUGAGCAAAAGGAGCCUUGGUUCAUGAGGCUUAAUCUAGGAGAGGAAGUGCCAGUGUUCAUCCACGGAGACACCAUCGUCAGUGACUACAACCAAAUCAUAGACUAUAUAGAGACCAACUUUGUAGGAGACACAGUAGCCCAGCUAAUUCCAGAUGAAGGCACUCCCAUGUAUGCAAGAGUCCAGCAGUACCGAGAGCUGCUGGAUGGACUGCCCAUGGAUGCUUACACACAUGGAUGCAUUCUUCAUCCUGAACUCACAACCGACUCCAUGAUCCCAAAGUACGCCACUGCUGAAAUACGUAGACAUUUGGCCAAUGCAGCGUCUGAACUGAUGAAGUUGGACCACGAGGAGCCUCAGCUGACAGAACCAUACCUCUCCAAGCAGAAAAAGCUCAUGGCAAAGAUCUUGGACCACGAUAAUGUGAACUACCUGAAAAAAAUUCUUGGAGAGUUGGCGAUGGUACUAGACCAAGUAGAGGCAGAGCUGGAAAAAAGAAAACUGGAAUAUCAAGGUCAAAAGUGUGAAUUAUGGCUUUGUGGACCUACUUUUACACUAGCUGAUAUUUGUCUUGGAGCCACGUUGCACAGGCUCAAGUUCUUGGGACUCUCGAGGAAAUAUUGGGAGGAUGGGAGCCGGCCAAACCUGCAGUCGUUUUUUGAGCGGGUGCAGAAGCGUUACGCCUUCCGCAAGGUAUUGGGGGACAUCCACACCACCCUGCUUUCGGCAGUUCUACCCAAUGCUUUCCGAAUGGUAAAAAAGAAGCCGCCAUCCUUUUUCGGGGCAUCCUUCCUAAUGGGCUCUCUCGGAGGGAUGGGCUAUUUUGCCUAUUGGUUUUUAAAAAAGAAAUACAUGUAGUGAAUGUGCUCUUCUAGUGUUUUGUGUCUGUGUAUCUGUGUGAUGGUCGAACAUUUUGGGUUACACUGUUUUACGAGAGCAGGAGCAACGAGACAAAUAUACAGAGAUUAACACUAUUACUUACCUGGGUGAACAAUUAAAUAAAUAUAUAAUGAGAACA